GCCCGGCCGUGCCAGACGGUGGACGCCGUGCCCGCGGCUGCAACCGGACCCGGGGCUCUGCAGCGCAGGAAAGCGGCCCUCCCGAGAGUGGCGGCCGCGGAGACUCGGAGCCCCAAACCCCCGGUCCCGGGCCGCCCGGCUCCCCGCGCGCCAGGGCCGGCGGAGAGGGCAGGGCCGAGUGGCACGAGGCUGGGGGCCCGCGGCCGCGGCCGCGGGCCGCCGGGCGGGAGGCUGGGGGGCCGGGGCCGGGGCCGCGCCUCGGAGCGAGUCGGAGGCCGAGGCAGGGGCCGAGGGGCGGCGGCUCCCCGCGCGGCGCCAGGGGCUCGGGGACCCCGACAGGGCCCCGGUGGGGCCAUGGCCGCCGGGAGCAUCACCACGAUGCCCUCCCUGCCGGACGACGGCGGCAGCGGCGCCUUCCCGCCCGGCCACUUCAAGGACCCCAAGCGGCUGUACUGCAAAAACGGGGGCUUCUUCCUGCGCAUCCAACCCGACGGCCGCGUGGACGGGGUCCGGGAGAAGAGCGACCCACACAUCAAACUACAACUCCAAGCAGAAGAGAGAGGGGUCGUGUCUAUCAAAGGAGUGUGUGCCAACCGCUAUCUCGCUAUGAAGGAGGACGGCCGGUUACAGGCUUCUAAAUGUGUUACGGAUGAGUGUUUCUUUUUUGAACGGUUGGAAUCCAAUAACUACAACACUUACCGGUCAAGGAAGUACUCCAGUUGGUAUGUGGCACUGAAGCGGAACGGGCAGUAUAAACUUGGACCCAAAACAGGACCUGGCCAGAAAGCCAUACUUUUUCUUCCCAUGUCUGCUAAGAGCUGAUCUUAAGGGCACCAUCUGAUCUCGUUUCACAUGAAGGAAGAGGUAUAUUUUAGAAAUUUGUUAACGAGAAGAAAAGAAAAUGUGUGCAGCUAUCUGCUCAGUUUGGAUAAAUGGUCAGAUAACCUUUGAUCUGAUAGUAAAGUAUUUAACCAUUGCCUUAGUAAAGAAAACAACAAGAAUUCCUGGAAAAUGUAUAAAUUUCCACCUUUUAUAUAGCAUUUGCCUUUAUCCAGUGACGCUUACUUAGAGCUACAAUCUUUCCAUACAUUCACUCCAUUCGAAAAGAGGCUUUAAAAAUGUGUGCACUUGCAAAUUUUCUUCAUGGAAAUCAUACACAUUAGAAAAUUAAAGUCAGAGAUUUAGUUAACCCAAAAUGUGCACCAUUCUUAGAAUAUGGCACACAUUAAUCUACAUAUACAAUUUACUAAAAAUUUUUACACAUGUAAAUAUGACUUAGUCCACUCCCGUCAUCAUUUUGUAACUGUCUGGCAGUUCCCUGUGAUAGAGUUUGUAGAACAAGCCGGUGUAAACAGCUGGGAGCUGGUCCAUGGUCAGGUCAAUCUUCUCGAAGCCUUCCCUGUGCCCGUACAGCAGCAGCCGCGCGGCCCUGCUGGUGACGGGCGUGGCGUUGGCGGCCUUGGCCAGCUCGGUGAGGUCCAUCCACUCGCACCGCAGGCACUCGUGCGGGCACAGCUCGAUGGUGAAGGAGCGUGGCUUCAGGCGGCAGAUGAUGUACAUGUCCGACUUCCCGAAAGCCCCGGGGUGGCUGUGCUGCUGCCGAAUGCUCAGGAGGGACCUGAAUUCUGAUCGUAUACCAGUUUCUUCAAAAACUUCUCGAACUGCUGUGUCUCCUGCGUGAAGAAAAGAUGUACAAAUCAAUAAGAAUCAUAUUUUCAGAAGGUAAUCGUCAAGGAUUUUCAGUUAGAGAACUUUAUCUAAAGGUUCAGAAGCAAAACUUUAAGAAAGUGAAGUUUUCAAUAAAAACUCUGACACCCUGAAAUACCAAAGUAUUUUCUUACCACUGUACACCUAAGAAGCUUUUAAAAUAGUGAAUAUUUCUUUGGCUGCUACUGGGGGGGCCUAUCCACCUGAUGUUUUUGGGGUCACAUAUUUUUAACUUCUUCCUGCUCUAUUUCUCAAAAGGUGAAAACAUAGGUUGCAAAGCUGCGGUUACUGUUCCUACAUGUUUCUUCGUCGUUACCUGUUCCUGACCAUCCACCCAUACUGCCUGAAUUUAUAAAUGUUGGUGUGGAGAGAAAGUGAUCCCCUCCUUAUGAACAUGUAGGGCUGCAGAGUGUAGAGACUGCGAAGGGACUCGGACCUCUCCUGGUGAUCUGGGGCAGGUGUGGAGGACAGUCAGGCCUCCAAAUCUCAGGAGGAUGCCUUUGCAAUCUUUUUGUUGUUCUCCACUAAUUAUCUAGUCCGGAGAAUCACAAUUGGGAUUUGGGGCAGCUCCUUUGUUUCCUGAGAUUCCAAAGAAUUUAGAUUCAUUCCUCCAACACCCAGAUGCUGCAGUCACUCAUCAGAGGUUUUUAAAAACUUGGAAUACACAGAACUUUGUAAUACAACAAGGUUUCCACAUUUUAGAAGGGUGACUUUCUGAUAACACACAAACUUAUGGGGCAGGAUUUUCACUGCCAUUAACAUAUGCUGGUGGCUGCUUUUUCUAACUAUCCAGAUGAUCCCCCAAUGGCUUCUUCUAAUUCUGUGAUGCUGCCAUUACCUCCCAAAGAGGCACAAGAAGCCCUGAAAAUAGCUGCCUUCCUCAUCCAGUUUGCUGGGAAUUAUCAUAGUUGCAUAGCUUUUUGUUCAAAUGCCCUUUAGUACCUGCCUUUUCUUGUUUGCCAAGCAGUAAAUUAUAUUUGCCUUGUUAGUAGUCUUGCUGGUCUUACUGGUGAAGAACAGGCAAGGAAGAAGAGGGCAAGGAGACUGUCUCCAAGUCCAUGUGCUCUGCCAUGGACUGUCUUCCCAAUUCCCUGGGUAGCCCUGGACGCUCCCUAAGAAAUGGCUCUGGAAGUGUGUGCAGGAGGAGCAAGGUGCUCUGAAAUGUAAGCCAUCUGUCUGCCAUUUUUUAAUUACAUGCAUACUCCCCUUAUAAUUGAAAUUUGCCACAGGUUGCACAGGGCUAGAAAUUAUAUUUUUAAAUUAAAAAUGUAUAAGAAUUUAUGCUAAGAAGGGAAAAAUUUCCUUACUAAGAAAAAUAAUUUUCAGUCUGGUAUAGAAUCCAUAUUUGUUAUUAAAUCUAUUAAAGACUGUGGCACUAGUCUUAGCUUUUACAUGUCAUUGGCUGGUAUCACUUAACUAUUGGUUAAGUGUUCUUUAAACACUUUGAAAGCUAAACAUGGGGGUCCUGUCUAGUUCUCAGUAUCACUAGUCAAGAUUUGGGCCUUCAGUUCCCAUCUAGCCUGUUUCCGUGUCACGGAUCACAGAUGGGGACAGUUGGGGAGUCAGCCCUGUUCAGCAGUCAUCAGUGCGGUGGACCCCAAAACAGAGUGCCUGGGUAGUCUGAUCAGUUUAACUUGAAUCAGCAGAGCAGUGUCUAGACGAAAACUGAAUGGGCAAGUAGGUGCUUCUGUGUCCAGGGUAUGAGAGCCCUUUUGCCCCCAGAUGGAAAUCUCUUCUCCAGAUAUCUUGCCAUGAAUCUGAAUUUUUAUUUGGAUAAAGUGCUUUUCUCUGUUGGGCCUUUGUUAUUCUAAAGUACUGUAAGCUAAACUGAAAUACCAUUUCCUGUGCUACAAGUUUGAAGAACAUAGGAAAAACCAAGAGGGUUAUGUUUUUACCGUAUUUUUGCUGAUUGAGAGAUAUGUUUAAAUACGUCAUAGCAUUUUGUUUAGAUGUAGAACAAUAGUGAGAUGGAGUUUAUAUUUGUUAUUUCUAUUUUGUGAUAUUUAAUGAAGGAUUAGAUGGAAAUAAAAUAAAAUCAUAGAAAAAUUGUGCAGAAUGUGGGCUUUCCUAGUGUUUCACUCUGACUCUGGGGCACAGAUGAACCCAGACCAGCGACUGGUGCAGUCCUCAGGCUAUGCAGGGGGUUGUCCCUGGCAGGGAUAACGGGGUUUUUUAGGAAGGCAAUGCCUCUAUUUUUAACCUUUGUACUCCUAGGGUAGUAUAUUAAAGCCUGAGGAUUGCAUUCCAUUUUGUAUGUGCUCCUUUUGAUUCUUUUUAGACACUACAGACAAUAGUGCUUCAUUUACCUAGUAACACAGAAUGAAGGAUUGCAAACAGAUGUGUUUCCCAGUUAACCAGUGUUUACUACUUAUGAGCCAGUAUGAAUGCUUGCACAUUGGUGAUGGCAGUAUUCCUAAAAUAGAUUAUGUUCCUAAAUAUAGGGUUUAAAGAAAAUAAAUAAUUCUUGCAUGAUUUGGCUUCAUCAUUAAAAAUAUCUAUUAUUGUAUUGUAUUGUAUUGUAUUGUAUUACAGAACAGAAAUGCCUUUGGAUAGACAUAGUCGUUCAGGACUCUACUGUCAGUUACCAUUUCCAGCUGCUUUCAGGGUUUUAUCAAUCUAAGGCAAAGCUUUAAUUUAUACUAGAAAGUAUGGUGAAUGACAACUGCUGCUUUUUCCUUCAUUCCACACGGUUGAGGUGUAUCUAUGAUCUCUGGGUAGGUGGAUUGUUGUGUCAACCACAAAUAAAUAAAAAGUAGUAAAUUCUUAACUACUUGGACUUGAAGGGUUCUGGAGUACACUUAAACCUAACUAUUUGUCUUGGAAAUGUGUUUCUUCAUGUAUAUUUAAAUAUAAGUCUAUCUGAAAUUCUGAAGAUCCAUAAAAAUGAACUCCAGUUCAUUGGCGAGGAAGCUACACAAACCUCCUGCAGACGGCUUCCUGCCCGGUAUGGGUUGGGUGAGGAUGUAACAUAAGCUUAACUAAUUCACAUGCUCUUAUACAUCACAUAAGGAAAGUGGAAGAUAAUUAGGUGUUCGAGGAUAAAUGGCUUUACCUCCCAGUACUCACACCACUACCAAAUUCCCUUUUAUUUCCACAGAAGACCCACCAGAAUCUGGGUCAAUAAGUAUCUAAAAUCCAGAAUUUGCUAUGAAUUUAUUUGAAUGUAGUAAAUGUACUUACUAGUUGUUAAGAGUUGGCUGUAUACUAUAUAUAGAGCAUUUUAAUCUGUGUAACAUUUUUAGAAAUUAAGUUUCAGGAAUAUAUACAUUUUUAUAUAAAAUAUCCAAGGAUAAUUUAGGAAAUUGUGUUCACAUAAAUGUUGGCUAAAGAGAACAGGGACACGCAAUCUUGAGGGGAAAGUUGUGGAGAAAUAGUACUGGUAUCCAAAUGAGUUAUCUAUUGAUUUAUUAUGACAGGGGCCGUAUUUGACCAGCGGGGUAAGGAGGAAUAGGUAGGAAAACUCAGUUUCUAUUCGUUCAUUUAUGUCCUAUAAAAUCAGUGACACUGAGAAUUCUUAGCUUUUUUCAAAUUCCCCUGUCUUCCAUAUUAAGCUCAGGAACUUGUUUUAAGGAGAUAUGUCUCUCAUGAGAGAUCUUCUCAUAUGAGAUAUUUUACUAUGCUUUGGCUUCUGACUAGUCACAAUAAUUAGUAGAUAAAUUUUUCAAAAAUAGAAGAAUUACAUCACCAUGGCUCUAUAACUGACUUUAUAAUACUUGUUUCAAAGUUCAUGUAAAAGUUACUAUUCAUCCUUGUGUGAUGACAGAGUCAAGAAUUUGUGUUUUCUCAUAGUUUAAUUCCAAAAAUUUUAGUCAUAUCCCAAAUAGCCCUCAAUGCUAAACUUUACUGAUGCAUAUCCAUAGCUUCUCACUUUCAAACAAAUCACUCUAGAAGCAGCCCUAAAGGGAAAAACAGGUGUAUCCUCAUGAUGGCAUUUUUUAGACUAAUGGAGUAUGCAUGUUUUGCUGCUAAUUUUAUAUCAGCCCUGAAGUAACCGCUCUAAAAUUUUCUUAGUCUAAACCAGUUAGAAAAUUUAAAAUCUUAUUCUUAACUAUACAGCAAAAAAAGUAAAACAUGAAUUUCCUUAACAUUUUCAGGCCAAUUGAAAAUAUGUAAGAUACACACCGAUAUCUUCUCCAGGCUCCGAAAGGCCUCCUGGGAACUUCCACAUGUUUUUCAACUGCAGUGUAAAGUCAGAAAAUAACAUCAACACAGCUUUUAUUCACUAACACACAUAUAUGGUGACCCACAAUAUUUACCCAUAUUGGUCAAGGUGGUUGAGAGUUUAUUUUUUGGUAAUUGCAUGUAAAUUUUUUCCAGUUUCCUUCCUCAUUACUCUUUUCCUUCUUUUUGGGGGGAACUGGUAACUUAUGAAUUAUUUUCCCACUGUUUUCUUUGGGAAAUAGAAGUGGUUUUGUUUGGUUAAUGUGAUAAAUUCUGUAUGAAUAAAACAGUGAAGGGAAACAUCUACUGAAUUAGUAUAAUUUUAAAAAAUUUGCUGCUAGUUAACUAUUAACAAAUAGAGGAAUCUUACAGAUGCUGCUAUAAAUAAGUAGAAAAUACAGUAAAAAUGUAAUCACUGAAGUACACUACUUUAAUUUCACAUUUAUUUUCUGUAUUGUGUGUCCAAUCAGAUAUAUUAACCUUAUGAUUUUUCUUGCCCUGUGUGUUAAUGAUUUCAUGGGUAGUGUGAAUAAAACUGAUUAAGUUUGUG